CAAUCCGAACCACACGGCUCGUACCAACCCGAACCUCCGCUUCGUCCCCAACCUAGGCUCAUUCAUUCAUUCUACUGUUCGUUGAAAAUUUCGCUCGAUCACUUUAUCUCUCUCUGAAUCCCUCAUCUUCUCCCGUUUUCACACCGAUUCAAACCCUAGCUUCAACCUUCAACAUCCACAAACCUCCGAUUUCGAUCUCCACCGGCGGUUAUCGCUCAAUGUUCUUAAUUGGUUUCAGCUACAGUUUUGAAUAUGUUCUUGAAAUUGAAGAAUCAGAGAGAGUUGAGUUACGGGAGUAGCGGGAUCUUUUGAAGUUUGAACCGUCAGGAUAUCUCAGAUCUCACAAGUGAAAGUCCAUCUUAGAUAGUUUUGCUGCUGCUUUGACAAACUCACUUACAUCAGCGAAUCAUAUUAUCAAAGCUGAAGGUACAUACACUUUUGGGACCUCAAGUUACUGGAUUUAGAGCUGGAGGUGGUUGAACCUUUAUUUUGCAAACUUUUUGAACCUUUAGUUUUAGCCUCAAAUCGUGGGGCCAGCAUCAUUAAUGCCUGGCAACGGGGUCGGGGAUAGGGUUCACAAUUUCUUUGCACAAGAAAAUCUGCCCCAGGGUCUACGAUCCCAGGAUGAGAAUUGGUCGUUAAAUGAUAAUUUGUGGGUUGGUAAUCAGAAACAGUUUGGUGUGUCGGAUUCCAGUCCAAGAAACUACAAUGCACAACAAUCAGAAACUGAGAGAGGACACGGUGGUCAACGUGUUCCAGACCAAUAUAUGUUCAACAUUACACAAACAAAUGCAAGGCCUGAGUUUGCUAGAAGUCCAUCUCAGUCUCACCAUGAACAGUCAAGCUCUAAUGGCUACAUGUAUGGACGACAAAAUUUUCAAACGAGACCUGAUGAAGCAAAUUUUAUGGGAGUGAAUACAGAAUACGAUCAAAAUAAUGCGAACCAAAGGGGUUUUUCGUUCCAUGAGGCCCAACAAGAACCUGUACUUGAACAACAACCUUCAAAGAAUCCUUUCAGGUCAGAGAGUUCUGAUGCUCAUGGUAGUUUUGACCUUUUUGGUGGUCAGCACCAGACGAACAGUCAAUAUCCUGGUUUAACUCAACAACCGUUACAACAACAGUCGGGAUUUAGUGACACACAACAAUUGCAACAGCAGCUCAUGCUCAGAAAAAUGCAAGAGCUUCAAAGACAACAGGAGAUUCAAAAGCAACAAAAUGCGUUAAAUCAAGCUUCUCAGUUUGCAAGGAAACAGGAGAUUCAAAAGCAACAAAACGCAAUAAAUCAAGCUUCUCAAUUUGCUAGGCAACAAGAGAUCCAAAAGCAACAGAAUGCGAUUAAUCAAGCUUCUCAAUUUGCGAGGCAACAGGAGAUCCAAAAGCAACAAAACGCGUUAAAUCAAGCUUCUCAAUUCGCGAGGCAACAGGAGAUUCAAAAGCAACAAAACGCGUUAAAUCAAGCGUCUCAGUUUGCUAGGCAACAGGAGAUUCAAAGGCAACAAAACUCGUUAAAUCAAGCUUCUCAAUUUGCUAGGCAACAGGCGUCUGGAAGCCUUUCACAUGGGCUCGUUAAUGGCACUCCAACUUCUAAUUCAUCUGGUUAUGGUUGGACUGAGCCUGCAGGGGUUAACGUUAACCCAAACUGGCUGCAGCGUGCCUCACCAGCGUUGCACUCCGAGCAGCAGGUUGAACCGUCUUUACACGGGGUUCCUGUCUCUAGCUCAAGAGGACCUAUAAACCAGUUUCCUCAUAAUAAUGCAGUUACUGGCAACAGUUAUGCUGUAGCUCGAGAACAACAACACAAAGGUUUAUUUGGAAACACAUUUGGUCAAGGGUCAAACAGCAGGAUGAAUGCCCCACAGAAUCCAUCUGUUCAGGAAUCCUCUGUAGAGUUGGCACAGGAUAAAUCAGCUACAGAUGCGGCUCCGUUAGACCCCGAAGAGGAGAAAAUCUUGUUUGGUUCGGAUGAUAACUUAUGGGAAGCUUUUGGAAGUAGCAAAAGCACAACUGGAGGAAUGUCUAGUUUGUUAGAUGAUAGUGAAUUUGCAAGUGGUUUGCCGUCUAUGCAGAGUGGUAGCUGGAGUGCUCUUAUGCAAUCUGCAGUGGCAGAAACUACUAGUGAUGGUGGUGUAGGCGUACAAGAAGACAGUGGGAAACAUCAAACACAAACACAAACACAAACAGCUUCAACUGAUAUUAACAUGCCUAAUAUGAAUGGUAAGCAUCAUAUAAACAUGGGGUUCCCCCCUCAUUCUUCAGGAGGAAACAAUUGGUUACACCGUGGAGAUCUACAAAAUGCUGUGCCAGGUCAGCGGACACCUCAGCAGCAUGGACCCGCUCCACCGUCAAUGAACUCUGGAUUCAAUAUAAACGAGAAUGAUAAUCCCUUGCAGCAAUCUCAGAAUAAUGAUUGGAAAAGAGUAAACACUGCUGCUAUACCACAUUUAAGCAACUUGCAGCAGGGUGGUAAUCAUUUUAACCAAUUUUCUCCCAACAACCAUCAUCUUAAUCACUGGAAACAUGUUGAAUCCUCGGUGAAAUCGAAAGGGAGUGAGAGUUCAGAGAUUUCACAACGUCGUUUAAACAAUAAGGGCCCGCAGGUGUCUGAAUCAUCAUUUAAUAGCUCAGAUAAGGAGGAUCUAAAUAGCAGUAGAAAGGAGAAUUCUAAUGACAGCUAUAGGUCAAGCUCAGUUGGUCAACGGGAACAUUUGUCUUCAGAUGCUGGUGACUCCAGAUCCUUGUCUAACCAGGCAGGUCGAAAGAUUGUGGGACCGGGCCCACGGAAGUUUCAAUAUCAUCCAAUGGGAAACCUGGAUGAAGAUGUUGGAGUGCCUUAUGGAGCAAGGCAAGGUACCAAUACAAAGGCUGUAUCCCUGCAGCAUUCUAGAGGGUUCGGAGCUCAAGAUCAAGGAAAUUUUGGACUUGCCAAAAGUAGUGGCCAGGGGUUUGUACCUCAGGUUGGAGCCCUAAAAGGAUCUGAUGAUAUGCGUUUCAAGGGCAUGGUUCCGGGUCAUAUGCCUAAUAUCUUUGCUCCGCAUGACAGAUCGGUUGGUUUAUCCACAUCAGAUAAGGCAUCUCAACCUAGUCAAAAUCAAAAUAUGCUGGAGCUUCUUCACAAGGUAGAUCAAUCAAGAGAUGGUGGAAUUGCAAGGAAUUUGAACUCGCAGGAACGUAAUUUGUCAUCCGAGAUCCCUGAACCCGAAAAUUCCGAUGGGUCUUUUGGAGGUCACCAGAGAAGUCAAUCAUCCAACUCUCAGGGUAUUGGUUUACAACUGGGCCCACCUUCACAACGGUUACCAAUGGCUAUGCAGGCAGUCAAACAGAAUUCUUUGAGUCAAUCUCAGUCCUCCGCUAAUUCAAGAGGCAAGAGUCAUGCUGAGAUGUCUCCUUUCCAGGAAAUAUCACAUGGAGAUUUUAAGAAUAGAAUGAGUAUAUCAGGUGAAAGUCAAAGUCAAAGUCAAACCAUGGGGAAUAAGAUGAUGGGCAACUUAUCUGCAGCUUUAGGUGGUACGGGCUUUCCCAAUUCAAGAAAUCACCUUCAAAAUCAUCCAACGGCUGGCAAUGAAUCCAGUUCAGGCGUGUCUCAACAAGGUGCAUUUCCAAAAAUGUUGCCUAAUGCGUUGUCAAAACUUUCAACUCAGCAAGUUUUUCCAGCAAGUCAACCUGGCAAAAGUCAAUUUAAUAUCGUGGAAUCAACUUCUCUAGGUCAGCAGAAUCUCGAGGAACAAGAAUCUGACAAGAGAGGGUCAACUGAAAAGGUUGACCUAGGUCAAAUGAUGAAUGGACCAGCAGCAGUCAAUGAUUCAUCUACUGCAUCUCAGAAAGAUCUUGAAGCGUUUGGCCGUUCUCUUAAACCAAAUAAUUACCAUCAACAAGUUUCGUUACUGAACCAAAUGAAGGCUUAUAAACAUACCGAUAAUGACCCAAAUAACAAGGUAAUAAGUAAAUCGAAAGAUUCAGAUAACUCAUUGCGUGCUCAGCAAGUAACCGUCUCCCCUGGAAGUUCUGAAAUGCCAAAAUCAACAUUGCCAACAGAUAACAUUGACUGGAGUUUAGCUUCUCUAUCUGCUAAUCCACCCUUAAAAGAUGCACUUGCGUCUAAUAGGAACGGGCCUACUGUUAAAACUGAGAACUCUCACAUAAGUCCUCUGAUGGCUCCAUCAUGGUUUGAUCAAUAUGGAACGUUGAAAACCGGUCAAACGUCUUCACAAAGAGCGGAUGGCGUAAGGACAGUGGAACAACCAUCUAAAGUUUCUGGUAGUUUGGAGACAACAGCACACGUUUCAAAGGGGCUGCCAGCAAGUGGCGCACCCGAUACUAGUAAGGACGGUGUUAUCUGGAAAACUCCACUUUCAUCAUCUGUUGUCGUUGACCACCAGUUGACCUCGCAGCAUCUGCAACCCAGCAUCGCUGCUCAAAAUUUGGUUACACUAAGACCAAAGAAGCGCAAGUGGUCUAGGGAUGAAAUUCAUUCUUGGCUCAAGGAAGCAUCCGGAAGUUCAAAAAAUCUUCAAGGCAUCUGGACUGCUUCGAUGGAAUGGUGUGAAGCAACCAAACGGUUGAUGGAAAAGGUGGAAGAUGAUGGGAAUUUAAGUGAAUAUGUACCAAGACCAAAGAGACGGAUUAUCGUUGCAACACAGUUAAUGCAACAAUUAUUCCCCCCUCCUCCACCCGCUCUUCUUUCAACAGAAGCUACAUCAAGCUACGAAAGCGUGGCUUUUUAUGCUUCGCGACUGGCACUGGGGGAUGCAUGCAAUUUAGUAUCUUGUGUUUCUCAGAGGAAAUCAAAUCUCAUAUCUGAUAAAAACAGAGAAUCUGAGAAAAAUGAUGAUACUCGUCUUUCAGAAGCUGUGGAAGACUGCACGAGUAAAGCAAAAAGGGUAGAAGGUGAUUUUGCAAGGCUGGAUAAGAGAGCAUCAAUCUUGGAUUUAAGAGUGGAAUGUCAAGAAUUAGAGAAAUUCUCAAUUAUCAAUCGGUUUGCUAAAUUUCAUGGAAGGGGGCAGGCGGAAGGCGAAUCGUCAUCGUUAUCCGACGCAGCUGCAAAUGCACCAAAACCAUUUCCUCAAAGAUAUGUUGUUGCAGUCGCAUUGCCCAAGAAUCUUCCCGAGAGGGUACAAUGCCUGUCACUAUGAUCUUCCAGUUUUUCCAGUCCCCUCGUCAAUUUUGUUGCACGCCACCACCGCUAACGUGCACCAUGGGACCCACCGGUUAUAAAAAAAUGCAGAAGAAGGUGCUUACAAUAAACAAAACGAAAGCGGUCUGAUGAUGAUCUUUUGGCUUUAGAUUGCAUGCAUAUUCUUGAGAAAUACAAGGUGUGGGGGGUAAAUUUGGAACUGAAAAGUUUAGGCAAUUAGUUAGCAAGAUUCCUUUUAUAAGUAGAUAAAAAUGUUGUCUUGAAUCUCUAAUGGAUUAAAUAUGUGUAUUUUGAUGGGAUGUUAUCUGGGCCGCAAUAUAUCCGAGUUCCCUGAAUGGUUUUUAGAUAAA